CUCCAAAAAAAAGGCAGAAACUUUUUGUGAGGUUUACUUUGGUCUCCUUCUGGCGCUCUAAAACCUCAUCCUCCUCCACCUUCUCUUUCGCUCCGCUUCUGUUCGGGCGCUGCUCUUCUGGUUCACACCCCCACCGCACCGCCACCUACACCCUCAACUCCCUUCUCUCUCUACCUCUCUCUCUCUCUCUCUCUCUCUCUCUCUCUCUCUCUCUCUCUCUCUCUCGCUCGAGACCGAAGCGACUGAGAUUGAGAGUUCGCGAAGAUUCCAAGAACAUCCAGAAGUAAUAUUUGAAUGGCAAUUAUACCUGCUGGAAGUACCUGCGUUGCUCAAUGGGGCAUUCGCCCUCAGUGUUUGCUGACGUCCUAUGCCUCAAACAAGAUUCUGACAACCCAAUGCUGUUUUACAAACAAAAUACAAGAUUUUGGUGCGCAAGCUUCAAGCUUAUUUUCUCAGGAUUCCUUCCAUGCUCUGUCAUCUUCAAUCUCAUCUCAAACUUUACAUCGUCGUAGGGGAGCGCGGUUUAUAGUUAGAGCAGAUGCUGACUACUAUUCUGUCCUUGGGGUGUCAAGAAAUGCCAGUAAAUCUGAAAUUAAAAGCGCUUAUAGGAAGCUUGCAAGAACUUAUCAUCCGGAUGUGAACAAAGAACCUGGGGCGGAACAAAAGUUCAAGGAUAUUAGCAAUGCAUAUGAGGUCCUGUCUGAUGAUGAAAAACGAUCCUUGUAUGACAAAUAUGGAGAGGCUGGACUUAAAGGCGCUGGCGUGGGCACAGGGGACUUUAGCAAUCCUUUUGAUCUCUUUGAGUCCCUAUUUGAAGGGAUGGGCGGCAUGGGUGGGAUGGGUGGUAUGGGGGGAAGAGGGUCUAGGAGUAGAGCAGUUGAUGGCCAGGACGAAUAUUACAACCUCAUCUUGAACUUCAAGGAAGCAGUUUUUGGGGUUGAGAAGGAGAUUGAAAUAAGUCGAUUGGAGAGCUGUGGAACUUGUAAUGGUUCAGGCGCUAAACCGGGUACCACUCCAACCAGAUGCAGCACCUGUGGUGGGCAAGGCCAGGUGGUCUCAUCUGCAAGGACCCCAUUAGGUGUCUUCCAGCAGGUUAUGACUUGUUCUUCGUGUGGUGGAACUGGGGAAACGUCCACCCCUUGCAACACAUGUUCUGGGGAUGGUCGAGUCAGGCGGACGAAGCGGAUUAGUCUGAAAGUUCCAGCUGGCGUGGACUCUGGCAGCCGACUAAGAGUUCGGAAUGAAGGUAAUGCUGGUAGACGGGGUGGCUCACCUGGCGACUUAUUUGUUAUUAUUGAAGUUAUCCCAGAUCCCAUCCUCAAACGUGAUGACACCAACAUUUUGUACACUUGCAAAGUGUCCUACAUUGAUGCAAUUUUGGGGACGACCAUUAAGGUUCCAACAGUGGAUGGCAUGGUUGAUUUGAAGAUCCCUGCCGGUACCCAACCGAACACGACCCUUGUCAUGGCUAAGAAAGGUGUUCCUCUUCUAAACAAAAGCAACAUGAGGGGUGAUCAGCUGGUCCGAGUGCAGGUUGAAAUACCAAAACGAUUAAGCAGCGAUGAGAAAAAGCUCAUUGAGGAACUUGCCGACCUAAGCAAGGGCAAGGCUGCAAGCAGGAGAUAGUUGUUUUGUGCUCAUUUGUCAUAUCUGUCGUUUAUUCAAAAAUUCUCUUAUGUUGGUGCAUCGUUUUGAAAUCUUGAUGCACAUGUAGGUGAAAUCAGCUGUUCAUCGUCAGUUGAAUUGUGGUGGGGAAACGUAUUUGGAUGUUGGUUGUCGUAGGCAAAAAGAAUUAUCUUGUGAUAAUUUUGUCACCCUAACAAAAGUACGAAAAUGAGUUGCAGAUGAAAGUGAUAAAUUGAGGAUUUACCCCGGUAUUAUUCUGCACUAAAAAUUAGCUUUACAUUAUAAAUUACUCUUUGGGAUUGGAGUAAACUUAGUAGAUGUUUUCUUGUAUUUUUCUUUUAUAAUCUGGAUAC